GUAGCUCCCGAUGGAGUUUGAGGCCGUGAAACCGCCGCCGAGCUCUGCCCCGGCGAGACGAGGCGCCUCCGUCGCCGAGCCGCGCCGUCGCGGGGCUCCCGGGAGCGGCCCUUAGCGACCCCGCCCGGGCCCCCUCAGCUUACAAAACACUACACAGCAAAAUAAUGAUCUGCUAGACUGCUAACCCGAGCAUCCAGCUUCCACAAUGCCUGUGCAGGCAGCUCAAUGGACAGAAUUUCUGUCCUGUCCAAUCUGCUAUAAUGAAUUUGAUGAGAAUGUGCACAAACCCAUCAGUUUAGGUUGUUCACACACUGUUUGCAAGACCUGCUUGAAUAAACUUCACCGAAAAGCUUGUCCUUUUGACCAGACUGCCAUCAACACAGACAUUGAUGUACUUCCUGUCAACUUCGCACUUCUCCAGUUAGUUGGAGCCCAGGUACCAGAUCAUCAGUCAAUAAAGUUAAGUAAUCUAGGUGAGAAUAAACACUAUGAGGUUGCAAAGAAAUGUGUUGAGGAUUUGGCACUCUACUUAAAACCACUAAGUGGAGGAAAAGGUGUAGCUAGUUUGAACCAGAGUGCACUGAGCCGUCCAAUGCAAAGGAAACUGGUGACACUUGUGAACUGUCAGCUGGUGGAGGAAGAAGGUCGUGUCAGAGCCAUGAGAGCAGCCCGUUCACUUGGAGAAAGAACUGUAACAGAACUGAUAUUACAGCACCAGAAUCCUCAGCAAUUGUCUGCCAAUUUGUGGGCUGCUGUCAGGGCUCGAGGAUGCCAGUUUCUAGGGCCAGCUAUGCAAGAAGAGGCCUUGAAGCUGGUGUUGCUGGCAUUAGAAGAUGGUUCUGCUCUCUCCAGGAAAGUUCUGGUACUUUUUGUUGUGCAAAGACUAGAACCAAGAUUUCCUCAGGCAUCAAAAACAAGUAUUGGUCAUGUUGUGCAACUACUGUAUCGAGCUUCUUGUUUUAAGGUUACUAAAAGAGAUGAAGACUCUUCCCUGAUGCAGCUAAAGGAGGAAUUCCGCAGUUAUGAGGCACUACGCAGAGAACAUGAUGCCCAAAUCGUUCAUAUUGCUAUGGAAGCAGGACUUCGUAUUUCACCUGAACAGUGGUCCUCACUUUUAUAUGGUGACUUGGCUCAUAAAUCACACAUGCAAUCUAUCAUUGACAAGCUGCAGUCUCCAGAAUCAUUUGCAAAGAGUGUUCAGGAAUUGACAAUUGUUUUGCAACGAACCGGUGACCCAGCUAACUUGAAUAGACUAAGGCCUCAUUUAGAGCUUCUUGCAAACAUAGACCCUAAUCCAGAUGCUGUUUCGCCUACCUGGGAGCAGCUAGAAAAUGCAAUGGUAGCUGUUAAAACAGUGGUUCAUGGCCUUGUGGACUUCAUACAGAAUUAUAGCAGAAAAGGCCAUGAGACACCUCAACCUCAGCCAAAUAGCAAGUACAAGACUAGUAUGUGCCGAGAUUUGCGACAGCAAGGGGGGUGUCCACGAGGAACAAAUUGUACAUUUGCCCAUUCUCAGGAAGAGCUUGAAAAGUAUCGAUUAAGGAACAAAAAGAUCAAUGCAACUGUAAGAACGUUUCCUCUUCUAAAUAAAGUUGGUGUAAACAACACUGUCACAACCACAGCCGGAAAUGUCAUUUCUGUCAUAGGAAGUACUGAAACAACCGGGAAAAUUGUUCCAAGUACAAAUGGAAUAUCAAAUGCAGAAAACAGUGUUUCCCAGCUAAUCCCACGUAGUACUGACAGUACUUUAAGAGCUCUGGAGUCUGUGAAGAAAGUGGGGAAGGUUGGCACUAAUGGUCAGAAUGCUGCUGGGCCCUCUGCAGAGUCUGUAACUGAAAAUAAAAUUGGUUCUCCACCCAAGACUCCUGUAAGUAACAUAACUGCUACCUCAGCUGGGCCCUCUAAUGUUGGAACAGAACUGAAUUCUGUGCCUCCAAAAUCCAGCCCAUUUCUCACUAGAGUACCAGUAUACCCUCAGCAUUCUGAAAACAUUCAGUAUUUUCAAGAUCCAAGGACUCAGAUACCUUUUGAAGUCCCACAGUACCCACAGACAGGAUACUACCCACCACCUCCAACGGUACCAGCUGGUGUGGCUCCCUGUGUUCCUCGCUUUGUGAGGUCCAAUAAUGUUCCAGAGUCCUCCCUCCCACCUGCUUCCAUGCCAUAUGCCGAUCAUUACAGUACAUUUUCCCCUCGAGAUCGAAUGAAUUCUUCUCCUUACCAACCUCCUCCUCCUCAGCAGUAUGGACCAGUUCCUCCAGUACCUUCUGGAAUGUAUGCUCCUGUGUACGACAGCAGGCGCAUCUGGCGUCCACCCAUGUACCAACGAGAUGACAUUAUUAGAAGCAAUUCUUUACCUCCAAUGGAUGUGAUGCACUCAUCUGUCUAUCAGACAUCUUUAAGGGAAAGAUAUAACUCGUUAGAUGGAUAUUAUUCAGUGGCUUGUCAGCCACCAAGUGAGCCAAGGACGACGGUGCCUUUACCAAGGGAACCAUGUGGUCAUUUGAAAACCAGUUGCGAGGAGCAGAUACGAAGAAAGCCAGAUCAGUGGGCACAGUACCACACUCAGAAAGCACCUGUCUCUUCAACUCUUCCUGUUGCAACACAGUCACCAACACCACCUUCUCCUCUAUUCAGUGUAGACUUCCGCACAGAUUUCUCUGAGACUGUGAGUGGUACAAAAUUUGAAGAAGAUCAUCUUUCCCAUUAUUCUCCCUGGUCCUGUGGUACCAUAGGCUCCUGCAUAAAUGCCAUCGAUUCAGAGCCAAAAGAUGACCUGGACAGUGGAGAUGUUAAGAGAAGAGUGCAUUUAUUUGAAACUCAGAGAAGGACAAAAGAAGAAGAUCCAAUAAUUCCCUUUAGUGAUGGACCUAUCAUCUCAAAGUGGGGUGCAAUUUCCCGAUCUUCACGCACAGGUUACCACACUACGGAUCCUGUCCAGGCUACUGCUUCCCAAGGAAGUGCAACUAAGCCCAUCAGCGUAUCGGAUUAUGUCCCUUAUGUCAAUGCUGUUGAUUCAAGGUGGAGUUCAUAUGGCAGUGAGGCCACAUCAUCAGCGCACUAUAUUGAACGGGAUAGAUUCAUUGUUACUGAUUUAUCUGGUCAUAGAAAGCAUUCCAGUACUGGAGACCUUUUGAGCAUUGAACUUCAGCAGGCCAAGAGUAACUCAUUACUUCUUCAGAGGGAGGCUAAUGCUCUUGCCAUGCAACAGAAGUGGAAUUCCCUGGAUGAAGGCCGUCACCUUACCUUAAAUCUUCUAAGCAAGGAGAUUGAACUGAGAAAUGGAGAGAGUGAUUAUACUGAAGAUGCAGCAGAUACUAAGCCUGAUAGAGAUAUUGAGUUAGAGCUUUCAGCACUUGAUACUGAUGAACCUGAUGGACAAAGUGAACAAAUUGAAGAAAUCCUGGACAUGCAACUUGGUAUCAGUUCUCAAAAUGAUCAGUUGCUGAAUGGAACUGCAGUUGAAAAUGGGCAUCCAGUCCAGCAGCACCAGAAGGAGCCACUAAAGCAGAAGAGACAGAGUUUAGGUGAAGAUCAUGUGAUUCUGGAGGAGCAAAAAACAAUUCUGCCGGUAACUUCUUGCUUUAACCAGCCACUUCCAGUGUCUAUUAGCAAUGCAAGUUGCCUCCCCAUCACCACAUCGGUCAGUGUUGGCAGCCUCAUUCUGAAAACUCAUGUUAUGUCCGAAGAUAAAAAUGACUUUUUAAAACCUGUUGCAAAUGGGAAGAUGGUUAACAGCUGAAAGGAGGUUCAUCUUUCAAAUUUGUGACCACACCAUGGAAGCAUUUACACUAGCUUUUUAUAUAUAUAAUAUAUAUUAUAUAAUGUAUAUUUUUUUUAAAAAAAAGAUAUUACUGGGGGCAUCCAUUUCCUGUGGACUCUUUGAUACUUCAAGCCCUCUUGCAUUAUUAGCAUUAUGAAAAAAAAAAAAAGAAAAUUUACUUUACUAGGGUAAUACGUUCACUUUCCAGAAGUGAUUGGAAUUUGGACAACAUUUAACUUAAGCUUCAAGCAGCUUUUUAUGAGUUUGUAGCAAUCCGGUGCAGUAACUGAGCCAUUUCCUACUUAAAUGGCUUCUAUAGAAAAUUAACAACUCAGUUAUUAAACUAGCAGGAUCCUACAAUGAUACAUCUAGUGAAAGUAGACUUAAUUAACUUAUUUAUUUCUAUUUUAUGUUUCACUGAGAGAAAUUUCCAUCUCAUUCCAGCUGCUUUAUUUAUCUUUUUCAUGGGACUUUGCAUGAAUUUUUUUUUUCUUUUUUCUUUUCUUUCUUUCUUUUUUCUUUUUUUUUUUUUUUAAUUUUGAAGAGUGGAGUUAGACUUUCUUACCAUAGAAUUUUACAGGGUUAUAUACUAGCUUUCUUUACUGCAUUAUAUGUAGGAGUGUGGUGCAGUGCUUUUAUCUGUAGCAUUUAAUUUUUUUGAUUUUCCAUUUUUCAAAAAUAGUUUCUGCUUUAUUAAUAUUUACACACAGGCUACUUGUUGAAGUAAUUAAUUAAAAAUAUAACCAAGUGCCUAAGUCUUUCAGCUGAUGUACUAGAUAUUAAAUUCUCCUAAGUUAUGCAGAAUCGUUUUUACAAUUUUGAUAAAUUAUGCACUAAUGUAAUGGCAGUUUUUUAAAAUGCAGAUUUAAGCCUGUACAUUAUUGAAUCUGAUGACUUGGCAAAAGAAUCAGGUGCUUUCAGCUUUCUUGAGAAAACCCUGUAUGUAGCGUUUGCACUGACUAACAAGAUGGUAUUGCUGGGUUUUUAAUUUAAAAUAAUUAAUUUGGAUGUUCAUUGCAUUAUCUUGGUUAAAUAUUGUUUAUUGUUACUUCAUGUUGGGGUUUUAAUUUUCCUUAUUUUCUGACUGUUAGGUUGAUAAGACUAUGAACCAUGUAUAAUAGAACAUUGGCUAACAUUUACUCAUACUUAAAAACAUGAAUAAUAUCUGCCCUGCCAUAAUGUGACUGAAAUUGUUUUGACUUGGCAUCUGAAAGUAUGCAGUAUGUUCAACCAGCCGUGCCUCAGAUUUGUAGGAGGUAUUUUAUUGAAACAUAAAUUUCAGUCAACAUUUGAAAACAAAAGCUGGGCAUUCCUUCCUGGUGAUCUUGCCUAUAGUUUGUCUUUUUGUUUUUCCUUCAUUUCUUUAAGAUUAGUUUGACUUUUAUUAUUAUUUUUUUAAUUAACUUCUGUGAAGUUGUUUACUCUGAAAAUUGUACUGGAAUAUUUUAAGCCAAGCUGAUCUUUCACCAGGUGUACUGUAUGUAAGGGCUUUUCCUGCUAGCAAGAUGCUUAAACAGGAUCAUGUUAUUGGUCGUCUGAGCUAUUUAGUUAUUUUACAAAACCACAGCAUUGUAUCAGAUAAGAUUUUGAUAAAAGUUUUGUGCACAUUUCCAGGGGUGGGAGGGUUGACAUUUCCCUGAAAUUUCUUGAUCAGAAUGAGUAAAUACUGGUGUUUGAUACCUGUCUUAAUGAACAUGCUCAUAAGGUGACUGAUAAGUUGUAAAUAUACCUGAGAAACAAAGGGGUAGUUUUGAUAUUCUGGUGUCAGUAUGGAAGAUCUUACACAUUUAUUUAAUACUCAAAUGUAUGAAGAUGUUUGUUUGUAGCAUAACAGCACAGUAGCCUUGACUUAAUUUCCUUUGGUUAGUAUUAUACCUUUUUGCCAUGGCCAGUGCUCCCCAUCCCUACAAAGACAUUUUAUUUAUUUCACUCUAUAAUCUGAAAUGAAUAGGAACAAGAGUUUUAAACCAUGUUAUUACAUUAACUUAUUUCUGACAUUAUUAAUUAGCCUAGGAUAUUACAGGAACAUGAUUGUUAUAUAAUUUAUAUCAGAACCUUUCUAUAAAUAUUACAUUUUAAAUGCUUCCAAUGUACUUUAUUUGCUGUUUGUAAUUCUAAAAAGGAUAUGCAAACCAGUCUGUCUAUUUCAUGGAUAUUUAAUAGUGAGAUCUUCCAUGUUGAAGGUAAUGUAUUUUUUUUUAAGAUUUUAAAAUUGCUAUUUUGUUACAAAAUAGAGACCUAUUAACAGUUCGAGAGCUCCUUAUGUGCCCUCAGGGAAAGAACCCUCUGUGCAACAGAACUACACAAAACAUCUUCAGCACGUUCUGAGGGUGAAUAUAUACUACAUAAAUUGAUCUUGUGUAUUUAACCUUAUCUUUUUAAUUUUAAAAUUGAAAUUUUGAAACUUGGUUGUGCUCUGCUGGAGGGGGUUGGGAUAAACUGCUUAGGUGUUUGCCUACUUGUCCAGUAAAUUACAUUUGCAUCACUGUAUGUAUAUACCUGCCACCUUAUUGGUAUGUCACAGAACAUUUAUAUUAAAAUAAUGCUUGUCUUGCAGCAGGUGAUCCCAUAAAACAUAACUCCCUAUUCUUAAUAUGUUGCUCUCUUUCUCAUUAACAACAUAGGAAUUGUUUCUGUGUUGAGAUUAUUCUGCUUUGCAUCUUUCUGUAUGUGGUGGCCACCUUCUGCCUGUCAUGGUGGAUUUUAAUGUGAAGUAAAGCCAUUGGUUUCCUACCACUUUAGAAGAAAAGAGUUCAUCUAAUCUUUCUUCAAAAUGGUACCUACUGAUGUCAAAAAGGAAAAUUGUACAGUCAGACCUAGAGUGUGACUUAACAUUGCGGACCAGGGUCAUUUGACUCUUUUACCAACAUGUUGUGAUGUACACAUAUUUGGAAUCAAAGACUACAAAGCAACAGGAGAGAAAAUUUUAUAAUGUUGGUAACUAAACUCUGUUGCCAAUCAGGAAAAAGCAAUCUGAGGUCUGGAAAUCAGGAAAGUGGUGGUUUCUUUCUUUUUUGUGUUUUUCUUUUUUGAAUUUCUAAGUCUCAUUCCAAAGUCCAUUUGCCUCAUUUAGAUGCUAUGGAUGUAGUAUCAGUAGUUCUUUUUUUUUUUUUUUUUUUUUUGUGUGUGUGUGUGUGUGUGUGUGUGUGUGUGUGGUCUCAUUUCAUUUUAUGAAUUCUGAGAAAGUUAUAUAUGUAUUUCUUCCUAGUUGGUACCCAAACAAAUCAGAUUCCCUUGCCUUUGCUGCAGUGACUUACUUUCAAUGCCAUAUGAUGAACCAGUGUCAUACAUGAAAAGUUGUGCAUUGUAAUUUUCAAGAAAAGGUAGUUCAUUAGGCCAGUGACACUGAUUUUCCUCCUCUGUUAGGUCUUUAGUAAGAGAAUAGUAAUUGAAACCUCACAUACUAAAACUGAAAUUGUCACUCAGAUUUCAAAGUGGUGUUAAGUAUAUAAGUAACAUUCCAGUUUUACCUAUUGGCUUGAGAAAAUACAAAAUGCACAAAAAUUCAUAGGAAUUUUAAAUUGAAUCAUUUAAACAUUUAAAAAUAUAUAUUCUAAAAACAAUCUGCCUUGCUUUUGCAUUUUGAAUGUUAAAGCCCAUGUUGUCUCCUUAACAGGGGUGGAAUUUGUAACAGUCAGAUUCUGUGAGUGAUUUCAGUUUUGAAUCUGAGUAUUUCUUCCCUAGCUUCUUUAAGUCAUUUUCUGAGCAGGCUGUCACCAGUAUUGGUAACUGAUCAUUAAAGGGAAAAGUUGGAUUGCAACUAUGUAUUAGUUUCCUGGAAGAACUUUCUUGUGUUUUAGUGAAUGAAGAAUGUUGAUGGGAUCACUUACUGUAUGUAACUCCUACAUAAGGACCCCUUCUGUAAGCAGAACACAAAUGAGAGUGCUCAUGGAGUAUCCCAUUUUCUGGAUAAAUAAGUUUGCUAGUAACUUCUUUAUACUAGCAGUUUCUUUGUAUCCCUUUGCUGGCAAGGGAAUAUAAGGAGUCAAAACCACAGAUUAGAACACCCCACAUUUGAGUGGAGAUGUGUGUUUACUCCAAGAGCAGUUAUUCCCCCCAAGUCCGAAACUAGCAGUUUGUGUGUGCACAGGCGCUUGUGUGUGUGUGUGUGUGUGUGUGUGUGUGUGUGUGUGUGUGUUUGGGGUUUCGUUUUUUGUUUUUAACAUAAAAUUUAAAAAAUAUCCCCAAACCAGUGGAAAACAGACACUGGCUGCACUUAGUACUGCCAAAAGCCAAGGUCAUUUGCACAUAUUCCAUCAACCUGUCAAGAAUUAGGCCUCACUUUAUAACCCAAGGCAUGGAAGUGCAUGCAUUCUCUUAGCUGGGCAAACAAUUAUACUGUAGUUGUGAUACAACACAUGUGGCUUUUAUUUGUACUGCACAUAUCCACUGUACAGCCACUUGGGAGUAUCGUGGUUAGCUUGCAGCAACUGCUGUCUGCAUUUAUACUGUUUAUUGCAUAUUCUUUUCCCUGGAAGUGAAAGAGAAAUGUUUUUCUUGUUGCAUUGAUUACACUUUAUAAAUUUGCUUAGCUGGAAAGUUUGGGAAAAGAGGCCUGUUUGUCAAUUGUACAACCGAUUGUGAAGCUCUAGUGUGAAUAUUUUUACGUCUGUAUUAGACAUUUUCUUUGCAAAUCUAUUGUUCGAUUGAAAUGUAAAUGAAAUUAAAGAUGGUGUACACCCAUCAUGUAAAAAGCAGGCACCAUCUCUAAGAUGGAUUUAAUGCUCAUUUUUAAGGCAUAUACUCAGCUUCUAUUUAAAACUAUAAUUUAAAAUAAUUCUGUACAAUGAAAUGGGGAAUAUAUAUGGGAAUAAAUUCUAUUCCAUUUAUUUCAAUUUGAAUUUCCAAAUUGUAAUGUUUCCCUUUGUGCUAUAGGAAUAGGAUUAAAUGGGGGAAGGCUAGGAUUUAUAAGGCCUGUAUAUGGGGGGAGGGCAGAGAUGGAACAAUGAGGGUUGUGAUGAUAGUGAAUAGCAAAGAGUGAAUUCUGUGUGUUUUUGCUGUAGCACUGAAGUGAAGAGAUAAUUAGCUUUGGCUGUUCACAAAAUAGAGCAUCAUGAUUUUCAGUGUUUGAGAGAAAUUUGAUGGAAAAGUUUGCAGUACUUGACAUGUAUUUGCAUGCACAAAAUAAAAUUAUUUGUCCACCUUAAAA